CUGGCCAGGGUGCGUCGGUCCCUGUCGUGGGGCCGCAGAGGCCAGGCCAGGCGUCCUAGGUGCGCAGCCGUCCGACGCCCGAGGUGUACACUGGUUCCCAGGUGCCCGGCGAGCCCAGCUUUGGCCUUAGAUGUGGCCCCUACUCUUUCCUCGUCCAGGUCUUGGCCCUGAAGGCUUCAGGGCAAGGCCGUGAGGACUCCCCUCUCCCCAGGCCGAAUCGGGCCGGCUUGGCCGCAAUGAAGAGUGACCCGGCCACAGCCGCAGCCCCCCUCAGCGGCGUCAGGGGCGCCCUAAGCAGCCCCGACCCGGCGCGCGUCGCCCUCGCGCCGGCGGCGGCCGCGGCUCUGCUGGAGGAGGCGGCCGACCUCCUGGUGGUGCACCUGGACUUCGGGGCGGCGCUGCACGCCUGUGAGCGCGCGGGCCGCAGCCUGAGCGACGGCGCCCUGGCGGACGGGCCGGCGGGCACCACCUUGGAGGUGAAAUGCUCCCUGUGUGUUGUGGGGAUCCAGGCCCUGGCAGAAAUGGAUCGGUGGCAGGAAGUCCUCUCCUGGGUUCUUCAGUAUUACCAGGUUCCUGAAAAGCUACCCCCCAAAGUUCUGGAGCUGUGUGUUCUGUUAUAUAGCAAAAUGCAAGAGCCUGGAGCCGUGCUGGAAGUGGCCAGUGUCUGGCUCCAAGACCCAGACAAUCAGGGCCUUCCAGAAUACAGAGCCUUGGCAGAACUCCACCUGCAGCGGGUGCUGCUGCCCCUGGGCUGCUGGUCGGAGGCUGAGGAGCUGGUGGUGGGCUCUGCAGCCUUCAGUGAGGAGCAGCGGCUAGAUGCACUCCAGGCCAUUAGCACAGCAAGGCAACAGCAGAAACACAAGCACUCUGACUCGGAGGACUGGAAACUAAGCCAGGAAGGCUCCUCUCACAAGUUUCUGUCACUACUGAUGUUGCUUUGCCGGCUUUGGGACUCUGCAGUGAGCCACUUCCUUUCCCUGCCCUUCAGAAAGAUCCUCCUGGCCGCCUUGAUCCUCUGCCUCGUGGUGGUGAGGUUUGAUCCAGCUGCUUCUUCUCUGCCCUUCCUCUGCAAGCUGGCUCAGCUCUUCCACUGGAUCCGGGACGCUCUGUUUUCUUCUCUCUACUAGGGCCCCACCCGUGACUGAGUGGUUUUCUCCACUCCCUGGCCUCUCCACUCUCCACAGGGGAGAACUCAUUCAUGGCGCCAAUUUCCUGUUGCUGGCUGGGCCCCCGUGGGAAUGGGGCCAGCCUAAUUCUAGGAAGAGCUGAUUCAAUCCCACGAACUGUCUUGCUGCCUGACUGCUCUCCCCUGGGCACCCCACUUUGGCAGGUGUCAGUAGGUCAUGUGGAAACAAAGCUGGGCCAGAGGGCACAAGCCCUCCAGAACAGCCCCUCUUAUUCUCAGAGGCCCCUUGUGCAGGAGGGGUUUGGGAAUGGAGAGUGCAUCCAUGAAACAUUCCAUCUUGGCUAAGGCAAGGGGUUGGUUUUUCAGUUUGAGGUGUGAAUGAAGCUGGAAAUUCAGAAAAACCCCCUGGGAAACUUACCUCUGAAAAUUGCCCCUUCCGCAGGCCUUUAGUUAGGCAGAGUGCCAUUGAAGAGGCGCCCUCCCCCCCCUUAUACUCCUCUCCAUAGAUCUGGCCCAGUUGUUUAUCUAUACACCAUUCCCAUAGUUUUGCAAUGGACUUGAAGCUGCUUGGGCCCACUCUGUUCAUACCAGGGCAAGGCUUUCAUAACUGCUAGGGUGACUAUUGAGAACAAAGUGAGUUUGCUUAGCUCUUCUCACUGGGUAAAGUGAUCUUGCUUGGUGCUUCUUGGGCUUCAGCUCAGUUUUUCCGAUUGUCAGUGUCCCAGCCCUGUUCUGUUACACUCAGUAUUGCUGCUGUCUUUCCCUCUUGUCAAGCCCUUCCCUCGCCGGGCAGCAGUAUUUUUGUACUUCGUGCAUUGGCAUUUUUACCAGAUUCUGCCUGUAUCCUUGCCUUGUGGUAGACACUGUUGCUGGUUCCCCCUUUCUGUGUCCUGUUCUAAUUAUAAUCUGUCGUUUGUAUUAAUGCACAAGUUUUUCUGCUUGUGUGGCCUUGAAAAGUAGGUCAGCCUUAGAGGCUGAUGAGCUGAAAAUGGAACUGGGUAAUCGGGAGCUGGAAGGGGUGUGCAGAAGGGGCUGGGCAGAGGGGAGACGUGGGUUUUGGAAGCAGUGAACAAUUUUAUUCAUUGUUAGCUGGGAGGAGGCAUGGGACCUCAGUGUUUGAGCACCUGAAAUGUUUCAGCAUCUGCAUCUGUCACUGGCCUCAAGAAAUCUUACAUGUUUCUGUGUAAGCAAAUGUAAAAUAUUACUAUGCCAUCAUGAUUAUGAAAGGCUCCCAGCAGGGGCCGGCCUUUCUGGGGCUGAAGGCCAAGCAAACCACCUCCUGCUGGGAUCUCUGUCAGUGCUGAGGCCAAGAACACAGUAUAGGAGGUACCUUUAGCUUAUCGUGGGUUGAUUUUCAAGAGUUGCAAGUCAGCAACUUCUCUUUAGUAGAACGUAGAGUAAGUAAACUUCACAGGCCCUUGGGAGAGUAAGUCCCUAGGUGUGGUUCACUCUAGGAGACAAAUCCAUGCUUCUACACAUGGACUUUUAACAGAGCUAACAACCUGAGGGAGAGGAGAGCAAGGGAGGCAGGUAAGCUUUGCGAUCUCUCCUUUAGAAUGAUUUCUUCAGAUGAAAUUCAGGUCCUGUUCUCUACCCUAGAUAAAAUUCUUUAGGGCUUCCCAUGGCUCUCAGGAUAAAACCUACAUUCUUCGUGGAAUUUCAGGCCCUAGGGCACUGGUUUUGGCUCACACCUCCGCUUUUAUGUGGGCCCCUGUUUCUUUCUUUUUUUUUAUCCUCACCCGAGGACAUUUUUCCAUUUUUGUUCAGGUAGA